CCCUCCCCAUCUCUUAUAUUGAUAGGAAGAGGCUCAUCUUCCCCCUUGGAAUCUUGGGACUUUUGGAGGAGAGUGGAGAAACUGAGUCCCAGAAAGGUGAUGGUGCUUGGCUAGAGCCACACAGACACUGCAGAGGACUUGAACUUGACUCCUCAGCCAUGGAGAUGGAAAGGGCCACACUGGCCAUCUGGAAGGAGCGGGUGGAAAAUGAGCUGGACAGAGUGGUAAUGUUCUGGACCAAGUACUCCCAUGAUUCCCAGCACGGUGGCUUUUUCACCUGCCUCACUAAGGAGGGCCACGUAUAUGAUGACCUCAAGUACGUGUGGCUGCAGGGGAGGCAGGUAUGGAUGUACUGCCGGCUGUACCGAAAGCUGCAACGUUUCCACUGGCCUGAGAUCCUGGAUGCCGCCAAAGCAGGCGGGGAAUUCCUCAUCCGCCAUGCCCGGGUAGCCCCUCCAGCGAAAAAGUGUGCCUUUGUGCUGACUCGUGAUGGCCGCCCUGCCAAGGUUCAGAGAACAAUCUUCAGUGAAUGUUUCUAUACUAUGGCCAUGGACGAGCUGUGGAGGGCCACCGGGGACCCCCGAUAUCAGAAAGAAGCUGUGGAGAUGAUGGAUCAGAUCGUGUACUGGGUUCGAGUGGACCCUACCGGCCUGGGCCAACCCCAGCUCUCGGGAACCGUGAAGGCCGACCCUAUGGCUGUGCCCAUGAUGCUGCUUAACUUAGUGGAUCAGCUCGGGGAGGAUGAUGAUGUGAUGUCCCGAAAAUAUUGGGAGCUGGGUGAAUGGUGUACUGAAAACAUCUUGAAGCAUCUCCAGAGAGAUGGAAAGGUUGUCCUGGAGAACGUAACUGUGGAUGGCAAGGAAAUUCCUGGUUGCCUGGGAAGACAGCAGAAUCCAGGUCACGCCUUGGAGGCUGGCUGGUUCCUGCUACGCCAUGCUAUCCGCCAGCGAGACGCUGAACGGAAAGCUCUUAUCAUUGAGAAAUUCAUCCUGCAGCCUUUCCAAUCUGGUUGGGACACUGAAAAUGGUGGGAUCUUUUAUUUCCAGGAUGCAGAUAAGUUCUGCCCCACCCAGCUGGAGUGGGACAUGAAACUCUGGUGGCCCCAUAAUGAAGCCAUGAUCGCCUUCCUCAUGAGUUACAACGAGACCAGGGACCCCAUGUUGCUCCAGCUUUUCUGCCAAGUUGCUGAAUAUGCCUUCGAGAAGUUCUCAGAUCCUGAGCAUGGAGAAUGGUAUGGCUAUCUGAACCGGGAGGGCAAAGUGGUUCUCAACUUCAAGGGGGGGCCCUUUAAAGGUUGCUUCCACGUGCCCAGGUGCCUCUACAUGUGCGAGGAGCUCUUCAAGGCCCUCUUGAUGACCUCCUAAAGUUCAGCGCCUAAAGACUGAGAAGGGCCAAACCUCUGCAAGCAACUAUCCCAUUCUGCCCGAGGGGAUUCAAGGAGCCUCAGCCCCACCCCAACCUGAAAAGUUUCAAUAAAGUUUACUAGCAUC